GACUUGCGCGAACGCCUCCCGAGCCACCGCUGUCGUAUCGUGGCCUUGUCGUGUCGUUGAAAAUACUGCCUGUCGUGAGCUAAAAACUUGAUCAAUCGAUACCUAGUUUGUUUGGAAGAUUUUUGAGAUUUUUUUAUCCCACUUCUGAAAAUAUAGUGUGUGAAUCGACAAGGAUGUUGACACUUAACGAAAAGUUUUGUUUGUUCAGUUAAUUCCGGAAAUUUUCAAUAUAAACAAAAAAUAGGUGUUUGUGAUGUUAAAUCAAAUUAAUUGUCCGUCCUGUAAUUGUGAAAACGCAUAUUUUAAACAUGAGGAAUAAUAAAAAUCUGCCCCACCGGUCGUAUUUGUAGUAUUAGGAGCAGUAUACAAAAAGCUUAGGCGAAGUUGUAGUUUUCGGGAGUAUUAUACUAAUAGAUUUAUUGAGAGCUGUAUACAACAGUGUAGGGUAUAGUUUUCUAGAGCGAUAACAAAUAGCUGUGGUGUCGGGAUUGGUAUAGAAACAACCGUGGGGCGAGUCGUUUUCGGGAGCUGUAUACAAACAGGUGUGGAAUACUUGUAGUUUUCAGUAGCGGUAAACAAACAAUUGUGGAAUAUUAGUAGUUUUCGGCAGCGGUAUACAAACAGUUGUGGUGUAAGCUGUAGUUUUCGGGGGCGGUAUACAAACAGCUGUGGCGUAAGUUGUGUUGUGUAAUCACGUAGCUUAUCGCACGAUGGCGCUUUGCGACAAGUGGGUCGCCCUGAAGAUAGUGGAGUUCUUGUUCUGCGUGGCGUGCUUAGUUACGAAGCGCGUGUCCAGUGACGAUGAGGCGCGACUAGCGCUUCUCCUGCAAAAGCUGUCCCGGGAGUGGUCGCUGCUGACGUCGGUCACGUGGGACAACAUCGGCGGAGCGUUCGCUGACGCGGUGUAUGGAGGUUACGUGAUCAUAACAUUCGCGUUAAUAUUGGGCAGAGUCUUUCAAGAGAUACCAAGAGGACGGCGGAUACUUGAGAGCGUACUUCUUGGCUUUGGGAUCGUCUUCUUUAUUGUUUUGGGUGGUCUAGCGCUAGCUUCUCUAGACUCAGUUCCGAAUAAUUUGAUAGUGAACGCAUCUGUACUGGGUUCACUCUCAUUGGUCGUCGCUGCACUAUUCCUCAUAGAUCUCAUGGGCCCUAGAAUCUACACAGCCACUCGGCCGUCACAGACAGACCAGACCAUAUCUUCGCCUAAAUCUGAGAAGAAAGUUUCGAUUGUAACUCAGGCUGUACAACCACCGACAUCAGAUGUAGUGGAUGGCAAGCAGAAUGGACAUUUACAGAACGGAAAACAAAAUGGGCACGUGCCGAAUGGCAAACAAAAUGGUCACGUUCAAAAGCCCGAAAGACCGAAAGACUUGGAUCUAAGUAAGAUGAAAGACAAAGAAACUAUAAUUGAAGAUUUAUUUGAUGAACCUAAUAAACAAAGGAAACUAGAUGAUCUGCCGAUUGAGAGAGAUCUGGAAAAAUCAAAGUUCGGAUCCUUACGUAACGGUCUCGAGGCAGGAAAUUACGUGCGUCUUUCCGAGCCGUUGUCUAUACCAGACAAAUUGCAUUAUGAACAGGAGCUUGCUAAGUUUAACGAGAAAUAUUUGCAAGACUAUUACGAAAACGUUCACGGGAGAUUGUCCGUUAAAGAGGAUUAUUUGCCAGAGUUGCAAACGCCAAUAUUUUCUAAAGUUAAGACUGGAAGAUUGACAAACUUGUACGAUGACGUUUCACCAAGUUACGAACAGAAAAGGUCGACUUCAAAAUCACCCACAAGAGCAAAGACAGUGCCAACGCCUACAAUACAGCAGCUCGAAGAUUAUUUGAAAGGCUCGAUUAGAUCCAAAAGAUCCGAGACGCCCGCUUUGUUUCCAAUGGAGCCUAUUGAGGAAAAGGACCGGGAAGGUGCUGACGCGGAAGGCAGGGCGUCUGGUACUCCAAGCGACCGAGGUUACGUACAAUACACUGCCGGUAGAUGGCCUGACAAAACCAGACAAAUACGGACACCGAGACAUAGUCCAACUCAAUGAUAUUUUUUAACCUAAUGACUGAUGACAUUAAGUCAUCGUUGCGAACUUGAUGUGACGUGAUUAAUGAGCGGUUUGUGCAAUUAAUGGAUCUGACUGUGUGAUGGAGCAGAGUAUCGCACGAAUUAAUCCAUUUUCCGGUUUUACAUGUUACGUGUAAUUAAUGGUUAACCAAAUGUAUUAUUUUUAUAAUUACUGCCAUAGCCGCGGUGUCAUAAUUAAUUUAUGGCGUUGUUUUGUUUAAAACAUUCAAGUAUUCUUAGUAUUUGUAGAUGGAAAUCUACUCAUAGUUACAUUUAAGAACUAAUUGCGUUUUUGUAGUUAUGUGAAAAAAUAUUUAAUGCCUAUUCUUAUGAUACCUUUAAGGAAUAAUUGUA